AUGCGCAGAGUGUGUUCUCUGCAUUUUCACUCUGGUAAACCAGCAUAUGAGAUGUUGGAGAACCACCCUGACUGGACACCAUCCCUGUUGUUAGGCCACAAUGAUAAAAAAGCUCUUAGGAGCUCUUCAUCAACAGUAAAGCUGUAUAAGCUCCGGGUUGACGGGACCGAAGGAAGUGGCGUGUCAUACGGGGAGCUGCCUGCCGAAAUCGUCAUGAGUUAUAAACCUAUUGCUCCUGCGCCGUCUGGCUCCAACCACACCCCUCCAGGUUCUUCUGUGCCAUCUCCAUCACUACCAUCCUCUUCUAGUUUUAGACCAGCAUUUAGUGACUUUGGUCCACCGUCUAUGGGAUUUGUCCAGCCUGUAAAGGUGUCGCAAGGGUCAACAUAUAGUGAACUUUUAUCCGUCAUUGAGGAGAUGAGCCGAGAGAUCAGGCCUACAUAUGCUGGAAGCAAAAGUGCUAUGGAGAGGCUAAAAAGAGGUAUCAUUCAUGCCCGUGCUUUAGUAAGAGAGUGUAUUGCAGAGACUGAGAGAAGUGCACGCACGUAA